GGCGUCGUCCGCCAUCUUGUCGCCCUCCCCCCAUCGGACCCGGGAGAGGACGGCCCCCUCCUUCCUUCCCUCCCUCCCUCCCUCCCUCUCUCCCCCCGCAAGAAGGAGCGGACCCGGGAGAGGCCCCUGCUCGGCCCCCUCUUCCCGAAGCAGAAUCUGUAUAUUCCACUGAUGUGUUUUGAAUUUAUGAAGCAAGAGUGCCUACUCAGCAUGACUGAACAAUUCAGGCCUAACUAAUCUGUGGGACAGGGAGAUGCUGUGAAGAAGAAGAGGCUGGCUCUUGAGACGCUCCUCUGUGCUGCUCUCCUGGAUGGAAGCUGCUGACCACAAGGGAGCCCUUCCAGAGCAUUGUCUGAACACUGUCUGGCCAGUGCCAUCCCCCUCCCCCUAAGAUAACCCCCAGCCCACUGCCCUGCAACUACUCCUUGCCUGGGAUGCUGUACGUGCCUUGCUCUGCCUCGUGGGGGAAGACUCCCAGCUGUUUUGGGGCGACUGAGUAGCCAAGGUUAGAGAGCAGCCGAGGUGCUGAGCACCACCACGCUGGGGCAUCAUGUCAGGCCCAGUGCCAAGUCGAGCGAGAGUCUACGCAGACGUGAACACGCAGAGGCCCCGCGAGUAUUGGGACUACGAGUCGCAUGUCGUGGAAUGGGGCAACCAAGAUGACUACCAGCUUGUACGGAAACUCGGCCGUGGCAAGUAUAGCGAGGUCUUUGAAGCCAUCAAUAUCACCAACAAUGAGAAAGUUGUGGUGAAAAUCCUCAAGCCAGUAAAAAAGAAGAAAAUCAAGCGUGAAAUCAAGAUCCUUGAAAACCUCCGAGGGGGUCCCAACAUUAUCAGCCUUCUAGAUAUAGUCAAAGACCCUGUGUCCCGGACACCUGCCCUGGUCUUUGAGCAUGUCAACAACACAGAUUUUAAGCAAUUGUAUCAGACGCUCUCAGACUUUGACAUCCGAUUCUACAUGUAUGAAAUCCUGAAGGCGCUGGAUUACUGCCACAGCAUGGGGGUCAUGCAUCGGGACGUCAAGCCACACAACGUGAUGAUAGACCACGAGCACAGGAAGCUGCGCCUGAUAGACUGGGGUCUCGCAGAAUUCUACCAUCCGGGACAGGAAUACAAUGUCCGGGUGGCCUCCCGGUACUUCAAAGGUCCGGAGCUCUUGGUGGACUACCAGAUGUAUGACUACAGCCUGGACAUGUGGAGCCUGGGCUGCAUGCUGGCCAGUAUGAUCUUCCGCAAGGAGCCUUUCUUCCACGGCCACGACAACUACGACCAGUUGGUGCGGAUCGCCAAGGUGCUGGGCACAGAGGACCUCUACGACUACAUUGACAAGUACAACAUUGAACUGGACCCUCGCUUCAACGAUAUCCUUGGCAGACAUUCCCGCAAGCGGUGGGAACGCUUUGUGCAUAGUGAGAACCAACACUUGGUCAGCACCGAGGCGCUGGACUUCUUGGACAAGCUGCUGCGCUAUGACCACCAGACGCGACUCACGGCCCGCGAAGCCAUGGAGCACCCUUACUUCUACCCAAUAGUGAAAGAUCCGGCCAGGAUGGGCUCCUCCACUGUGCUCUCGUCCGCUAACACGCCUGUCAGCUCCUCCAGCAUGUUGGCAGGAAUCGCCUCCAUGUCUGCCUCUCAGCCCAUCGGCAGCCUGGCUGCCUCGCCCGUCAUCUCCUCUCCCAACGCUCUGGGCUCGCCAGUUCCUGCCGCCGCCGGAGCACAGCCUUGACCUCAGCCUCUCCACCUUGGGCUCGGAGAACGUCCGCCAAGGCUGCCGCACAGCCUCCCUCUGCCCGCCUUCUCCCUCUGCCCGCCUGCCUGCCUGCCCCUCUAGGGCCGGGCCGCUUGCCCUAAAGCAGGUCGGAGGGGGACCAGGCCGGGGAAUUGCGGGGUGGCCACCGGGGAGGGAGAGAACCCUGUCUCUGGAAUCUGAUCUUUUUUGUUUCGUUUCCUUUCUCUUGAGUAUGUCAAAGAGCCACACCUGGGCUGCUGCUGUUGCUGCUGCUGCUCCUCUUCCUCCUCUCCCUCCUCCUCCUCCUCCUCCUCCUCCUUUCUGUGCGGCAACAAGUGCGGACUCUGGCUACGGACAGAGGCUUCUCUGUUGUCUGCGUGUCGAGUAACGUGAGCUGCAUUCUUCCAUGAGGGGUCGUGGUUAGUGAUGCAACUACAAGUGGAGACACUUAAACGGAGAAUAAAAUUUAUUUUCUAUGUCCCUAA